AUGAAACUUUUUCAGAGACCCGUUUUGUUGCUUUCAGCUUUGUCGUUCUUCACCGUUACGGCUUCAUCGUCAGCACUCGCCUUACACUUCAAUCACGUCGGCAUCUCAGUUGCGAACUUGACGCUACAACGCGACUGGUAUAAUCGGACUCUUGGUUUCAGUUCUCUGAUUGAAGUCGUCGGCCCAAUGGAGAUGCCAGCAGCAUCCACCAUUUCAAGCACGCCAGGUUCCGUGUCCAAGCCAAGCACAAUCCAGGCUGUUCAGCUUCAAAACCCGACGACCGAUGCCAUCGUUGAGCUCAUAUGGCUCUCGUCAUCAACCCCGGCGUCUCGGCUAAGCACAUCACCGGCAGCAGCGGCAGCCGUUCAAGGUCUAUUUCACUUUGCUUACCGAGUUCCGGACCUCAAAAUAGCAAUCAAAAAGCUUAAAGAAGAUGGUGUCCACGUUGUGCAGCCAAUCACGCAAGGCGCGCCAUAUGUCAACCAUGACCGAUCUUCAUUUGCCUACAUCUCCGAUCCAGAAGGCAAUCUAAUUGAGUUGGUACAAGUGGAAUAUCAGACAUGCAAGUGCUUGGUUGAACUCUCCCAUAGCCAUAUAAGGUCAUAG